GCCCAUCUCGAACUCCACAGAGCUUGAUCAAACUCUUUUCUCAGUUUUGUUUUUCCUUUUUAGUUGUUGAAAAACUCUCCUCUGUUUUCUUUUAGUUGUUGAAAGUGUUCUGCUCUUCAAUCCUCUCUACUAAGAAUGGAUCUCUUGAUGAAGGCAGCUCAAGCAGGAGAUAUCGAUACCUUGUAUACAGCUCUUGAUCAAGAUCCAAAUCCUCUACAGCAAAUUGACAUGAAGCCAUUAGUUGAAACUCCUUUGCACAUAGCAGCAUCUGCAGGGCAUAUAGAAUUUGCCUUGGAGAUCUUGAGGCUGAAACCCUCAUUUGCUUACAAGGUAAAUAAGAAUGGAUUCAGUCCCACGCAUGUUGCUUUACAGCACGGGCAAAAAAAAAUGGCACUUCGUCUCACGAAUGCUCAUGGUGAUCUCGUCCGAGUUAAAGGAAGAGCAGGGAUCACUCCUCUGCACUAUGUGGCCGAGAAAGGAGAUAUCCAUCUUUUGAUAAGAUUUUUAUCCGUUUGCCCAAAGGCAAUUGAAGAAGUGACAGAUAAAAAUGAAACAGCGCUUCAUAUAGCUCUCAAAAACGACAAGUUGGUAGCUUUUGAAGUUCUGCUAAAAUGGUUAGAGAUUGGAAGUGAAGAGGGUCUUUUCUGGGCUAAAAAGAUCCUCAAUUGGAAGGACAAUGAUGACAACACCAUCUUACAACUUGCAAUAUCCAGGAGAGAAUUACAGGCUGUUAAAUUGUUAGAAAAUUGUAAAGCUGCGAAAUAUUUGGAUGGUUUGAGGGAAGGCCAUAACCAACUGGCCAAUGAAGAGGUUGAAGAUGGAAACACGCUACUCAAUGUAAAGGUUGAAGAUGACAUUGGGAUAGAGGUUGGGACAAAACUGAACCAAAUAGGGAGCAUCAGGGUUGAAGAUGCAAUCCAGGAUGAAGUUGAAGAUGGGACAAUCUCUGCUAUGCCUUCAGCAGCAUUUUUGUUCCUUCGUGAGAAUGCAAAUUUCUUGAGAACAGAUCAGAGGUUGAAGAUAGCUGCUCAAGAGGGAGACACCAAUGCCUUGUAUGAAAUUUUUUUGGAGGACCCAAAUGUUUUGGAACGAAUUGAUCAAGUGCCAUUUACAGAGACUCCAUUGCACAUUGCUGCAUCUGCAGGGAGAAUCAGGUUUGCUGAGGAAAUUAUGAGAUUAAAACCUUCUUUUGCUAGAAAGGUCAAUCAAGAUGGACUUAGCCCCUUGCACUUGGCUUUAGAGAACAAAAGGUUCAAAAUUGCCUUUAACCUACUUGCAAUGGAUAAAGAGCUUGUUCAUGUAAGAGGUAAAGGUGGUCUUACUCCAUUGCAUCACGCAGCAAAAGAAGGAAAUGAUGAUCUUUUGGCUAAAUUGAUUGCAACUUGCCCUAAAUCUAUUGAAGAUCUAACAGUUCGUAGAGAAACUGCACUGCAUCAUUUGUUGUCUCACUACAUCAAGUCUGUGGAAUGAUACAGAAGCGGAGAAGUAUUUUCGUCAAUAUUGUAGCUCUACUGUUGUUUUGCUGUUAUGGGACUUCGUUAUGCAGCAUUGGACCCCAUAGUGUAUCGACUCUUUUCAUUGUUCUCUACGUUUGUUUGUUCUCUAUCGCGAUACUGGUGAGAAGAGUCUUUCAUCAUCCAAAGGGGAAUAUUCAAAAACUCGCCAAAAUAGUGGCGAGACGCUGCAAAAGAUAUCAGGAUUAAUGGCUACCUUAACUUCUUGAGCUUCUGCUCUUCCUUUCCUUUCUUAGUUUUGCUAGUAUUUGGAAUUGGAUGUUAUGUCCUACUGUUGCAGGUGUUUAGUUUAUGUUUAGUGGGGAAGAAUACAAGGAUCCAUGAUAUGAUUGCACUACCUAGCUAGCCUUUGAUAUAAGAUUCAGCAAUGAAUGAAGUGUCCAUAA